GUAAACCUAACCUUACAUAUUUGUGCGCUAGUGUUUUGAAGAGUGUUUUUGUGCGGCUUUGAUUUCGCGCGUGUGAUUUCGGACAGUUUACAGUUUCCCCUAUCUCCGUUUGAAAAAACUAUUAUAAUCCCGUUUUCAAUUACAUUCACCAGAUUAUUUCAGCUUUUUUGUUGAUUUUGCGCCAAAAGCAAAACAGCCGAAUUUCAAUUUUUUUGCAACCCCAGAAGUUGUCCUCAAGCAUUUCAACAUGAGCCGAAGAAAGAAGCAGAAGCUUGACUUGAAAGAAUCCGAGGAAAGGCCCUUGAUCAAACAAGAAGAGGAUGUUCAGGAAACAACACCUGAAAAGCCUAAGAUGCAAGGAACCGACAAAAAGACAAGCCCUGGAGCUGGUUCAAAAACAGCAAAGAAGGAACCGAAAAAAGAAGACAUCAAGAAAGAAGAUACACCUCAGGCAACUUGGAGCAAGGACAAGAAAAAGGAAGAUGCCGACUCUGAAAUCGACGACCCUGUCAUCAAGGACCUUUUCUCAGGCUUGGAAGGAGCCGCAUUCCAAAGUAGGAUGCCAUUUGACAAGCUGACAUCGACAGAAGCUGCCUGCUUUCCUGAUAUCGCCAAUGCAGUAUUGCAAACUGUCAAGGUCUAUCUCAACAUCAGGAACAGAAUUCUACAGAUGUGGCUGGAGAACCCUAAGCAGCAGCUCAUUUUGGAGCAGGCUAUAGAGCGCAUGGAGCCCCCGUACAACAGCGAUCUGCAGCUUCUGAAUCGCGUGCACGCCUUCUUGGAGCGCAACGGCUUCAUCAACUACGGUAUCUUCAAGCGCUUGAAGCCCAUUCCGGCCAAGAAGUACGGGAAGGUGAUCGUGAUUGGCGCCGGAAUCGCCGGCUUGGCCGCCGCUCAACAGUUGCAGCAGUUUGGAUUGGAGGUGAUCGUCUUGGAGGCCAGAGAUAGAGUCGGCGGGAGGAUUGCGACUUUUAGGAAAGGCAACUACAUAGCAGAUCUUGGCGCCAUGGUAGUGACAGGUCUCGGCGGCAACCCGGUGACCACGCUGAGCAAACAGAUCGACAUGGAGCUGCACCGUAUCCGUCAGAAAUGUCCGUUGUACCAGUCCACAGGUGUUACAGUCGACAAGGAUAAAGAUGAGAUGGUGGAAAGGGAAUUCAACAGGCUGCUGGAAGCCACGUCAUAUCUGUCGCAUCAGCUUGAUUUCAACUAUGCCGGCAACAAACCUGUCAGCUUGGGGCAGGCGCUGGAGUGGGUUAUCAAGCUACAGGAGAAGCACGUGAAAGAAAAACAAAUCGUCCACUUGAAAUCUUACAUUGCCCUCCAAGAAAAGCUGAAAGUCAACCAAUGCAAUUUGAUGAACGUCAAAGAACGGAUGAAAGAGAUCAACGCUAGAGUUAAAGAGCUCCAGGAUCUGGAUAAGAGGGAUAUUCAGCACGAAUUCGCUCUCAGAAGUGGGAUCAAAGAUCUAAAAACCUUAGGUGAUGAGUGGGAUCAGCUCCAGGAGCAAGCUAAGGAGAUUGAGGGGAAGCUGGAGGAGUUGGAUAAUACUAAACCAAGUGACGUGUACCUGUCAUCCAAGGAUCGCCAGAUCUUGGAUUGGCAUUUCGCGAAUCUGGAAUUUGCCAACGCAACGCCGCUGUCCAACCUUUCGUUGAAGCAUUGGGACCAGGACGAUGACUUCGAGUUCACCGGGAAUCAUUUAACAGGUACGUAAAACAUUACCUGCAU